UUUGUCUUGAUUUGUCUUGAUGAAUGUUCUCGGUCGGAGAUCACAGGUCUCAAACUAUUACAUGCAGCAAUCGGAUAAAAGAACAAGUGAUGGUUUGAUGGAAGGUGCGACAGUUUGGGAGGAGCUGGACAUCAGGAGUGAACUACUUAACGCUGAGGACAGAGUGAAGGAGACACAGUAAACAUGGCUCUCCAACAGUCUGUCUGUGUCUUAUCCGUGACAGUCCUUCUCCUGUGCACAGGAUGUCGAUCAGCAUUGAUUUGCGGCCGUGGUCACGCCAUCAACAGGAUCGCGGGUAGUUUAUUUGUGUCUCCAGGAGUUGUGCCCUGGCACGCUUCUUUGGUCUCGGGAGGAAAACACAGAUGUGGGGGGUCACUGAUAAAUGACCAGUGGGUGAUGACAGCUGCACAGUGCAUUACAGGGUCAGGAAGUGGUGUAACGGUUUACCUGGGGCGCUUUAACCAGUCAGGUCCAAACCCGCAUGAAGUGUCACGGACCAUCGCUCAGGCCGAGUGCCAUCCGUCAUACAGCACCCUGACCAAUGAGAACGACAUAUGUCUCCUGAAGCUGUCGUCACCUGUGAACUUUACCACCUACAUACAACCUGUUUGUUUGGCUGAUGCAAACAGCACCGUCCACUCUGGGCAUGGGAGCUAUGUCGGUGGUUUUGGCAACAUUAGCCUUCUUGGGCCGAGGGACUCCGACACCCUGCAGUUGGCUGUUCUGAGAGUAGUGGGAAACAAAGAGUGUCAGUGCAACAGCAUAUAUGACAUCACAGACAAGAUGAUCUGUGCUGUGGCCUGGCUGGGCAGAAUUGAACCAUGUCAGGGAGACUCAGGGGGCGGACUGGUGAUAUCUUUUCCGUCUGGCUUUAUUGCUAUUGGAAUCGUGAGUUUUGGUAAAGGCUGCGCUAAGUCCAACGUCUUCGGGGUCUACACCCGUGUGUCCGAGUACAUGGAAUGGAUCAGCAACAUCACCGGCAGUGACGAACCAGGCUUUGUUAACGUUUCCUCCACCGGAGUCGACAAAGACUCAAACUUUACCUGUUCAAUCACAGCACCACCGACCCAAACUGUCUUCACCAAUCACACCCGCCCGUCAACCACCAUCCAUUCCACAACCCACGAUAAGAGCAUUUUUGGCGGUGGUGAAAAUUUGAUCCACUCCACUCACUUCACCUCACUCUGGGUUCUUGCUCUAUCGCUCUAUGUACUGGUCGGUCAUGCAUAACAUGAAAAUGUGACACUACCGUACGUGUUGCUAAUCUUAUUGGCUGCGAGAGUGAAUGCAUUACUACACUGUGUGAUGUCAUUUUGUGACUUCAUGAUGACGUCAUUCCUAACAUAUGAUGAUGAUAAAAUUAUACAAGCUUUAGGUUAGAGUCCUGCACACACAUCUUUACAAAUGUGUUUUCCAGCUCCUCUUCUUUGUGACUGUCAAUGAUCAUAUGGAGAAUCAACUUCUGAUCAAUACAAACUUUGGAUUGUCUCUUUAUAAUUUGCGGAGAUAUUUGGGAAAAGGGAUUUUUUUUAGACAAUAUAUUUGUUCAUCUUUAUUUGAUCAGCUCCAACAGUUAAUCAAGAAAUAUUGUGUUUGGUAAAAAUCUGUCUGUGUGUUGAGUAAUUUUAUGCUGAUGCUGAUUCGCAGGGUAAAUAAACUGAAACUUUUCUCAUGGAACGUGAAGUCAUGUUAAUCACAAACUGUUUGACUUGGAAUAAAAUGGACGUUGAUUGGUCAAA